AUGUCAAAUACCGGAGAUCCUCUUCAAGAGGUCUUUGAGUCAUUCGACCCCAAAGAUUACUAUCUGUUCGACACCUCCACCAACCCCACAAAACAGCAACAGGACCCCAACUCGAUACAACCGCACCAGCAACCGCCGCUUUCUGGUCUCCCACACAACGUCAACACCUCGGGCUUUGACGACUCCACUUCCAUAAUCAACGCAAACACCCCCUCCCCGCUUCAGGCAGGCUCCGUGUCUCCACAACCCCAGCAGAUGGACUUUCUGUCCCCCCAGGAUUUCCGUUUCGCCUCCUUCGACGACCCCCAGUCUUUUCUGAAUCCCUACGACCUCCAGACACAGCCGGCCACCGACUUUCUGUUACCCAUCUCGCAGCCUGGACACCACCGAGCCAACUCGCACUCCUCAGACACCUCGGCGGCUCCCUCCCCGCAGCAGUUUCAUUCCCCGUACGCCGCGUCUCCUGUCAACCCCGACGAAUACGCCGCAGAAAUGGCAGGAUUGCCCGAACUGACCUACGGACUCGAUCUCAACGGCUCGCAAAGCAUGAACCAGAUGAAUAUGGCAGUAUCACCUAUGGCUAUGGGAAUGCCGGAUCAGAUGAACCAGAUGAACCAUCAGCAAAACAAUCUGAAUCCGCCCAUCCAGAUGAACCACAGCAACAGUCACACCGGCCUGUCUGACCUCAACAACGCUAGCCAGGGUAACCACAAUAUCAACAAUAACAACGGCAACGGCAACAGCAACAGUAGCCACACCCCCGGUGUUGCGCUGUCGCCCUCGCUGCUGACCCCAAACAUGCUGUCUCCAAACAGCUCACAGCAGUCGUACUCGUCGUCGCCGCAGACGUCCCAGGGCUCCAUCUCGUCGCAGAGCCAUCAGUCUAUCCCCAUGCUCAAUGUGGAGCCUCCACGUGACGACCCGUCCCGCCGACGUGCUCACUCCGACGCCUCGCACUACUCGGACCGGUCGUCGACGCCCUACGAGGUACCCACGCUCUUCCCCCACGCCACCUCGUCGCCGUCGUCGCAGGACCCCGCUGACUUGCUGUCUCCCGGCGACGCAGCAAGCAUACAGACGCGUCGAAGCCGUAGCCGCUCGUCGUCGACGUCUUCGGACGUGCGGACUCGUGACCAGUCUCACUCGCCCUCCCGAUCGCCCAGCCAAGGCGGAGGCAACCGUUCGCGCUCAAACUCUCACUCGCGAGACUACAUUCUCGAGCUGGCGGCUCCCACGUCCAACAACAAGCGUGUGCAGAAACACCCCUCCACUUUUGCGUGCCAUCUGUGUGACAAACGGUUCACCAGAUCGUACAACCUGCGGUCUCAUUUGCGAACUCAUACUGAUGAACGUCCAUUUGUGUGCACUGUCUGUGGCAAGGCGUUUGCGCGUCAACACGACCGAAAACGACACGAGGCUCUUCAUUCUGGAGAGAAGAAGUACCAGUGUCAGGGAGUAUUGGCAGACGGGCAAACUCCGUGGGGUUGUGGACGCAAGUUUGCGCGUGCAGACGCUCUGGGACGACAUUUCAAGACCGAAGCCGGUCGGGAGUGUAUCCGGCUGCUGCUGGAAGAAGAGGCCAACGAAAAACAGGCGCUUUCGGGCCAGCAGGUUCCCUAUCCUGGCGAUGGAGUUCCUUCCUUGACUUUUAGUCCGCCUGCUGAGCCUCAGAACGAGCCCCGGCCUCAGCAGCCCGUCAUUUUCCCGGCCGCUCUGCUCCAAAAAUACCCCGUGUUGCUGAACCACUUGAACGAGGACUAA